UUUUUACAAAAAUGAUUUAUUGAUAUACGAGAAAAAAUGUUUAAGUUUUCUAAUUGUUUCAGUCGAAUUUAUGUUCUUAUUGUUUAUUGAAUAGUUGAAGCAAUUUACAAAUUUUAACUUGAACUAUACCUUUUAACACGUACGCGUUUAAAUAUGUGUCUUAUGAUAAUUACAACAGUCGAUUAAUAUCAUCUGAUACAUUUCAACUCUGGUAAAAGAUAUAAACAUUUUAACAAAAUGUCUGAGGGAAGAUUUCCAUCUUAUCAUCAUUUACCUCCAGCGGCCCCAGCACCACAAAGACAUCAUUUAGCAACUGCUGCAACACCUUCUGUUCCUCAUCCACUUACUACAUUCCAUCAUCCACCACCAAUUUCUCAUCAGCUAUCAACAUGGUUUACUAAACAAGAUAUGGCUGCUUACAGAAACCCACCAUAUGCUUCUUUGCACAAUGUUGCAGCAUUGCAGAUGCAUAAAUCACAGCAUACUCCUAUAAUUGAUAGGUGGAUGGACUCUAGAAAUAAUAUGCCACCACCAUCUAGACCAGGUCCACCAUCACCAUCUCCAGCUCAUUCAACUAAUGUAUCACCUAGUUUUUCAUUGACUCGGACUGUUGAGCUUGAUCUUACUAAACAUAAAAAAGAAUCUGAUCAAAUGUCUAUUGACUUAUCUUCUAAUACUUCUUUAAAACGAACAAAAGAUCAAGUCAAUGGUCAAUUAAUUUCAUCUAAAAUAGGAAUUAUUGAAGAUAAAGCUAUUAGUGUUAUAGCAUCAAAUUCUCUUAAAUUAAUCAAAUCUGAGAUUAAAACCAGAAGUUUAGCUAAUUACCCAGAAUUGUUUGGUUCUCAAAUAGUAAAAAUUACUAGAUUAGAAGAUCAUGAAAAAAAAUGUAAUAAAUCAGAUGAUAAGUCUGCUAGGGAUGUAGUUGAUAACCCAGUAAAAAUUGAAAUAGCAGAUACAAAUAAUGUUGAAAAAAUGUUGGAAAACAUAUUUCAAAUAAAUGAGUCUGAAAAAUUGUCUGUUAUUAAAACUAUUAAACAAGAAAAGUCUCCAUCUCCAUCAACAAUGAGGGCUGAGUCUGUUGAAAAAAUACUUAAAUCACCAUCUCCUAUACCUAGAAUUGAACAUGACAAAUCUGAGGAUUCUUUAUCAAUUGAAGGUUCUUCAAAAAAAGUUCAUGAUACACAUUCGCAAUUCCUUGAAGUGGAAAAUAAAUUAGAAGAGUUAUUUGGCGGGGUUAUUACAUCUAAUAGUACAACUGAUCAACAAGUAGUUUUAGAAAAUAAACCUAAACCAAUAAUUCCUACAAAACGACCUUACACCAAAAGUAAGAAACAAAUAAAAAAAGUUAAAAAGAUUCCACCUGUAACUGAAAAACCAAAACCUCCAGUUGAACCAGCAACUAAAAAAUACAAAGGUCCAGUGAUUAGAGUAAAUGGUGGUAACAUAGAAAAUCCUACAAGUUUUGUUAUUAUUAACCGAAAAGUUCAAGAUGAUGAGGACUCAUUAGAUGGUCGUAAUAUUAAUCGAAAGACUUAUUCAUAUAAAUCUGGUGUUUGCAAUGGUGAAGAAAAACCUGACGUAAGCAAUUUAGAAAGUAGUGAUUGGCAAUGUGUAUUCUGUUCUCGAGGACCUCAUGUCAGAGACAUUGGCUAUGAUCCUACUGGAGAUCUUUUUGGUCCUUAUUAUGUCAGUAUACCAAAAGUUAUCAAAACUAAUGAUAACCCUAAACGAAAGAAGUCUAAGCAUAAUUUAAGUGAUAAUGAUACAUCAGAAACAUUUAUUGAAAUUUGGACUCAUGAAAAUUGUUUAAUUUGGGCAUCUGGUAUUUACAUGGUAGGAGCUAAGAUUUUUGGAUUAGAAGAUAGUGUGAGAAUUGCUAAAAAUACUGUUUGUGUUUAUUGUGGUGCUAAUGGAGCAAGUAUUGGAUGCACUGCUCGUCAUUGCAAAUCUAGUAUACAUUAUAGUUGUGCUAUACAUGUUGGUUGGCUUCUUGAUACCCAGAAUUUUAUGACUACUUGUAAUGUUCACAGGAAUUCUCUCUUGGAAAGUAGUUGUCAUUAAUACAGCUUUCUUGAUUAUUUAUCAUAUUCAUAUAUAAUGUUUUGUUUAUUAAGAUACCAUGUACUUUUGAUUAAUAGUCUUGUAUUAUAGUUAGAAGAAUAUCUUCGGCUGUAAUUAACUUAAAAGACUAUCAAAAUAGACCAUCAAGUAUUUUUUU